CCACAGUUUUCAAACUCGGUGUGUGCGUAUACACUGCAAUCGUCUUCCCGUGAACGAAUCAGUAGCACACGAGCGCUCGUUCAGCGAGCAUCGUUAACCGAGGCUCGAGUGGAAAUGUCACCUCGUGAUCGUCGUCUCAUCGUGAGAGAAUCAUAAAUUCGAUUGCUUCAAAGAGAGACACAUUUAAAAAAAAUCCGGCGUAUCACUUGCAAGAAAAAAAUAUAAAUUUUGCAAUAUUUUUUUACUAAAAAAAAAUUUUCCAGUAGUUUUACCAAAACGGAGUUUUGUAGUGUUUUGUUCGCCACGUUUCGUUAUUAUUAAAAAAAAAAAUUAAUCACUUGAGUGUGCUUAAAUAACGAGUCUAGCUGCGAAUACAAAAAACCACGUGGAUUUUUUUCUUUCUGAACUGAAAAAAAAACAUUUUCGCGUUGUUCUCAAUUGAGAAAAAGCGUGAUUUGUUUUUUUUUAUUAUUAAAUUUUGUGUGGUGUUUUCUGUAAAUUUUGCUCUGCUUUGGCAAAAAGUGCAGUGUUUAAUAUUUAAUCCUUUUUUUGAGGAAAAAAAGAGAGUUUAUUAGUUUUGAAAAAUAAAUAAUAAUUUAAAAAAAAAAUGGUGCCGCAACAACAAGACAGCCCUUCGAGCUCGGGGAUGCCGUUAUUCGGAUCGCUACUGGUGGAUAAAAAUUCAUCCACACCGUACUCGGAUGCAACACAGACCAAGAAAAAUAAUCCCAAUCACAUUAAGAGACCAAUGAACGCUUUUAUGGUGUGGUCACAAAUUGAGCGUAGGAAGAUCUGUGAGAUUCAGCCCGAUAUGCACAAUGCGGAAAUCAGUAAACGAUUGGGUCGUCGAUGGAAAACAUUGGACGAUGAGGCAAGAAGGCCAUUCAUUGAGGAAGCCGAAAGAUUACGACAAUUGCACAUGGUUGAAUAUCCCGAUUAUAAAUACAGACCGAGGAAAAAAACAACAAAACCAUCGCCCUCACCAAAAAGUAAGGAACUCAAAAAAACUAAAAAAUUGUCAAUGUCACCACAACAAAAUAUUUCACCAUCAAAAAUGCGCAACGAUUCAAAUAAUAAUAAUACCCAAUCGCCAAUCAAGAGGCUCCAAUCGCCACCAACGACAAAUCCUGUCUCAAGGCUCAAGAUAAAACUUGCCCUUGACAAAAGGCCACAACAAGAUUAUACGCCUUUACCGCCAAUAAUCACUGCCAAGGUGCCAAGUAGUCCAUCAUGUGACACACCCGAUUCACCUGAAUCGGCAAGUUUUUACGAUGACAAUUUCAUUGAUUCAAGCUGUCUUCAAACAACGACAACAACAACAACGACGACGGCAACUAAAGUUAAACAAGAAUCUGAUAUUGAAUACAACGAGUUCCUUAAUGACAGUUUAUUAUCAUCGGUGAGCUCAUUUGGUGGUGAUCUUGUAUCCCUUGCACGCAGUAGCAGCAACUAUCAACGAACGACAUCAUGUCGAUCAUUGGACAAUGUUUUUGUUAAGGAAGAACCACACGACAUCACAACUGGUACAACAACAAUUCAACUUGUCAAUAAUUCAAUUUCCAAUUGUUCACCAAUAACAACUGGUGUUCCAACAAUAACGACGACGACGACGAAUUCUAAAUUAAAUAUUGACGACACAACGAAUCACAAUCUUGGUGAUCUUGAUUCACUAUUGCAAAUCUCAUCAACGGAUCUCCUUCAAAUUCAACCGGACUUUAAACUCGAUCUCGAUAUGGACACAAUUACGACUGAUCUUGAUUCAUUUGAAACAUCAAGCUCCAGCAGUGGAUCGCAUUUUGAAUUCACUUGCACACCUGAUGUCACGGAUAUGUUGUCGUCAAUCGGCGUUCAUAACGAAUGGGGUAGUUUUUAAAAAGAAACAAAAGAAAAAAACAUUGACGAUCGAGAAUUUUUUUUUUUCAAGGGAGGAAGUGAUAUUAGAAUUUCGAGAGAUUUGGAAUCAAAAAAAAAAAAAAAAAAAUUGGAUUUUUUAAACAAAGUUUGUUGGAGUGAUCUUUUGGAGAAACUCAAUUCGGAAGUUUAUAUUGUAAUAUAUUUAUUUCUUUAUUUAUUUAUUUGUCGCGAUCAGAAUUUUGAGGUGACGUUUCCUGCCUCUCUUUCCAAAGUAUUCUGCGGUUUCGGUUGGUGGGGUUUUCUUUUUUGCGUCCCAGGCUUUCAAACUGAAACCGGUUACGCUAUGGAAGCCCUGAUGAGAGUUUGGCCAAGGUGAGGAGAAUCUUAACAUCCUUUGGGAAAAAUCUUUUCAAUGUUUUUUCUUUCUUUUUUUUUUACCUUUCAAGGCUUUGCGGUCAGGACUUUUUGAAUGAUGGACAAUUGUGAGAAAUUUGUUCUUUUUCGGCUCAAUUGACAAAUUAGCGGAAAUUUUUUUUUUUGCUUAAAACAUGAGAAAUUAUAUUCAGAAAAUUUUUAUACAUUAAAAAAAAGGACAAAAUUUAUUUUCUAAUUGAUCCAUGUUUAUAUAUUUUUUUUUUCUAAAAAAAGAUUCUCCUCCAUUUCUCUCAGCGUUCGAUUGCAAUUUUUCCCCGAAAUUCGGAAUUGAGUUUCUUCAAAUAAAAGGCCAGUAUUAUGUUGCUAUAUAUAUAUACAUAUAUAUAUAAAAAAAGAAAAUUGAAAUCAAACCGGAAGUUGGUUGCACUUCCGGUUUCUUUCGAUUCAAAAUCUCUCGAAUCAAUCGAGAUUCACGAUUCUGUCGAAUUUCGUCAAGAAGAGAAAAAAAAGUGAUCCUCCACAUUUGAAAUCCGAUACGAAAUUUCCCCUUUGGCUUUUUCAAAGUAAAAUUAUAAAGGAAAUAUAAAAAAUAAAUAAAACGUAUUUUCAUUAUUUUUAAAAACAAAAUUCGUAAUUAUAAAAAAUCAUAAUUAAAAAUAUUAAAAAAAUAUUUUUAAAAAAUAUUUUUAAAACAUAUUUUAAAAAAAGAAUUAAAAAAAGGAUAAUUUAAAUCCUCUAGGAUAUUUUUAUAUUUGUUUUUUUUUAGUGUGGACUUUCUAUUUAUAAAAAUUUAAUCGCGUUUUUUAAUGUCAUUUCACUAUAUAUUUAUAAAUAUAUAUAAAAAAUAAAUCUAAUCGUUUUUCUAAAAAAAAAAAUUUUGUAUUUGUAUACUUAGGAGUAAUAUUUUAAGUUUUGUGUUUUUUCUCAAUUCCUAGGUAAAGUUAAGUAAUUAAGUAAAAAAAAAAUAUAUAUAUAUAUUGUCUUGUAUUGUAUUUGUAUUGUAGAAAUUUUUUGUUCCUUUAUUUUUUGGCUAAAAAAAAAAAAAUCUCAGGAUGAAAAUGUGGAGAAAAAAAAAGUGUUUUUUAUUAUUUUUUUAUAAGCGCUCGAUCGUCUCUCAAUUGCUAAUAUUGUAAAGGCAAAAAAUUUUCUUGUUUUUUUUUUUGAAAUAUAAAAAAGAAAAUUUAAAAAAAAAACACACACACACGAUAUAUAUAUAUUCGCGCCGAUAAAAAAAGUAUAAUAUAAGCGUUUUUGUAUAUUUACUGUAGCAUACUAGUUUUGUAACGCUCUUUUUCUACGAAAAAAAAAUAAUAAUAAUAAUAAUUAAAGGACCGCCGAGCGUUAAUGGGCAAGUGAAAAUUUCUUUUUUCUCCACUUGUGAGAGAGAAAAAAAAAUCACUAAUUUCUAGGCAUCGUUUCUAGAUUAUUGAUGAGAGAAAAAAAAAAGAAAAUAAAAAAACGUGCCUCGAAAAUUUGUCGCCGAUUGACGCUCGCCGAUCCAAAAAAAAUGUUGUGUAUAUCGGUAUAUUUAGUAAUAUAUAACACUUGUAGUAUAUAUGAAAGCAAUCCUACGUCGUAAGUCAGAGAAAGAGGAAGGCGUUUCGAGGAAGGGAACAAAUCGAAAUGCAAGAUUGGAAAAUUUCUACAGUCGAUUCUCGAUAAGAAUUUUUAUUUUUCAAUUCAAAAAAUAAAAUUUUUUUUUUUCAAAAUCAAUCAAACCUCGAUAAUUGCUACAAAAAAAAAAAAAAAAAAAUUGUGAACAAUUAUCGAGGAUUCACUGUAUUUAAAAAUUGUGGAAAAUUUUUAUCGUCCAUUUGGAAAUAUAUAUUCUGAUAAAAAUCCUGGACCCUCGAUUAAAUGUCGAGACAAUUAUUCGAGGGUCCACUGUAUUCUCAGAAGUGUCAAUUAAAAAAAGCGAUUUCCAAAAUUGAUUAUCGAGGCUUGACUGUUAACAUAGAAAAUUUAUUUAACACGAAAUUUUGCCACGUCCUGCAUAUAUCGAUUCGUUUCCAACUCUUGUCAAGUCAUAAAUACGCAAUACAAAUACCAAUAAUAAAUAAUACAGGAUGGUUUUUGAUGAACAAAAUAAAAAAAAAAAAAAAUUCAUUCAAUAAAUUGAAAAAUGGCGAAAAAUUUGUCGUUUUAAUAAAAAAAAAAUCCCCAUUUUUUGAUUUAUUGACUGAAACCCAUCCUAGUCAGAAAAAAAAAACAUUUAUAUAAACUUGUGCAAACUCGAAAUUCGGAGACAGAUUUUCAUAGUGGGAUUGAAUGUUUUUUUUUUAUUAUUUUUUUUAAUAAUAAUAUUGCCCUCUACAGGAGGGAAGUGCAGUUUUUUUUUUGUUCCUUUCGAAACGGUACUUCCGGUUUUUGAGGAACUAACAAUAUCAAACUUUGAUCUCAUGUUCUUUUACAUUUAUUUUAAUUACUUAAAGUUAUUUACGUUAGACUACUAAUACCAGCGAGAGCCCACUACCGUUUUUUUUUUUCCUCAUAACUAAGACUUUCUCUGUCGUUUCUUGCUUUUUGCGAGACAAUUUUUUUUUUUUUGCCAUUUUUGCGAGUUCCAGACGUGUCAGGGUUAAAUUUUUGUUUAAAAAAAAAUGAAAAAAAUAUUUAUCGAAAGUAAAAUUGAAAUAGAAACUGUAGCAUCGAAUAAAAAUAUAGAAUUUCAAAAUCAAAAAAAAAAAAAAUAAAUAAAAAUGAAAAUCAGUGCCUGAGCACCUCCGAUCAAGGGUUGAAAUAAACUGUCGUACAAAAUCGAAAGCAGGGCCAAAAGAUAAAAAAUAUGUUUAAAAAAAAAUGAAAUAAAAAAAUAUUUAAUAAAAAUUUCUUUCUGGAUUAGGAGAGGAAAACACGUCUUCAAUAAAAAAAAAAAUAAAUAAAAAUAAAACAAAAUCAUAACCGCUACAAUUAUACAAAAUACUGCAGGCUGUGAUGUGAUGUAUCUCUGAAGAAAAUUAAAUAAAAAAAAAUAAUAUGUAUUAUAGGAGACGUUUAAUGAAUUUCGAGAUUCCGUGCAAAAAAAAAAACCAACUCAUCCAGAAACUCGUACCACAAGUAUUUUUUACCUGAAUUUUGGAAUUGAAAGUCUGACUAAAGAACUGCCAUUGUUUUUUGGGUAUCAAGGAAAAUAUUUAAAAAUCUUAAAUAUUUUCUCUUUCUCAGAAGGCAAAAAAAAAAAAAAACAUAUCAGGCUUUUUGUAAUUGCAUGUACUCCCAUUUUUUUUUUUUUUUUUUUUUUUUUUGUCUCUUCUCUCAAAGAAUUAGAUUUAAUAAUUAUUAGUAAAAAAGCAAUUUGACACAAGUGCAAAAAAAAAUUUUUUUGACUAAAAACAAAGAAGUGCAAAUAAAUCUCAAGACUGUUGUAAAAAAAAAAAAUAAUAAUUCUGCCAUUAAAGGGAAUCUAAUCGUAAAGAAUUUAAUGAUUAGUUACAAGUUUUCGGUGGUUUUAUUCGCAAAUGAAUUCACGAGGUGGGCAAUCAGAGAGCCGCCAUUUUUGUUUGCGAAUAAAAGCCCCCACUUCACUCUUCUCACACUUCUAUAAAAAAAAAAAUUUUAAAACACGUGUCGCAUGCAAUUAUAAUCUGAAUUUUUUUUGCAAUCGAGGAUUUCGUGAUAUAAAAAAAAAUCGAGACCCACAAAAAAAAAUUCCUGUGCCAAUACAGAAAUUUUCUUCAUUUUUUUCUUUCUGUUUUUUUAAUGACUAAAAAUUAAAGUGUGCGUGAAUUUUUUCAAAAAAGGAAAAUCAUUUUUUACUCGUGGUUUAUAAAAAGAGUUUCAAUAUUUAGAUUUAUAAAUAAUAAUAAAUAAAAAAAGAGAGCAAAUCGCUUUGUCUUUGUAAAGAAAUUUUUUGUAAUCGGCUUUAUAAAGUUUUUUUUUUCGUAUCGUAUUUGUGUAAACGUUUUUUUUAAAAGAGUCGCUCUAUAAGAUCUAAACGAUAAGAAAAGAGGGAGAAAAAAAAAUGAAACUGAAUUUCAUGAGGAAAUUGAAUCGAGAUGAAAAAAGAAAGGGAUCAUCAGAAAAUAGGGAAUUUUUUCUUUUUUCUUCCAAAGACACCAUCGGAGGAAUAUAAUUGUGUUAUUUACUCUUUGUUUAUUAAUCGAAUUUGAAAAUUUAAAUAUUUAUUGAUAUCUUUGAAUAUAUUUAAUCUCCUAUAAAUAUUUAAAUAUUGAAAUAUUAUGAGAACUCUAAUGUUUUAAGAUGCAGUCGACUCUCGAUAAGUGGACGUUUAUAAAAAAAAAAAAAAAAAAAAAAAUAUAGAAAUAAUAAUUUAGUAUUCAAACGAAAAAAAAUCACUAGACCAUUUAUCGAGGGUCCUCUGUAUAUUUGAAAAAAAAGUCCAUCUAUCCAGAUUCAAUAGAACCUCGAUAAGGACACUUAUCAUUAAAAAAAGAAAAAAAGAAAAAAAAAUCCUAAUAUUAAUUAUUAAAUUAAUUAUACAUAUAUACAUAAAUAUAUUAAAAUUGUCUAAAUAUAAAUUACAAUUAUAUAAUUAUAUAAUUUAUAUAAUAAUAAAUAAAUAUAAAUAUAAUUUAUUCUAUUAGAAAAUAAAUAUGAAGUUUGCUAUUUUUAGAAAAUUUCCUCCGAAGGUUGAAAGGGAAUUAAAAAAAAAAAAUAUUGAAAACAGAGAACUAUAAAAAAUUUUGUUAAAAAUAAAUGUGAAAAACUAUUAACUGAUUUGAGACGAGUUUUUAUUUAUUUUUUUUUUUCUUCUCUUUUUUUUUUGUGGGAGAGACGAGGUCAAAUUUCUGCUCAUUUUCAGGCCUCCUUUCUCCCGCACAAGGGUCAAAUUACGUCCACCAUUAUUUUGCGAGGUCCCUCGGUAAUUUGUCAGGACCGUAUAUAUAUAUAUAUAUAGUUUUUUUUAUUGUCCUCCCCCCCUCUUCCCACUACCGCAAAUUUUUCGAGGGAUAUACAAAAGAAUAAUAAUAAUAAUAAUAAUGAUGAUGAUGAUGAUGAUGAAAAAAAAGAUAUCGAUGCUCAAAUAAGUAUUAAGUUGUACGACUCUGGUAGCCCUGACGAUCUGCCGGUUGCACUCAUUCGUUACGAUUAGAAGUUUUUUCAAUUUUUAAAAAAAGAAUCAUACAAAAAAUAUAUAUAUAUAUAUUAUAUGUAUAUGAUACGGCAGAAUUAGGUGUGUAGUAGUUUCUAACAAAUUUUUAGCGUGUAUAUAUGUCCAAUUUGAGAGACGAUGUUCAGGAAAAAAAAUAGUCUUUUUUUUCAAAGAGAGUCAUCUAUUUUUUUUUUUUUUAUUUUUUUAACUCUAUUUCGAAUAUUGCUCUUGGUGUACAAAAAUUGAAAAAAAUGUUUUAGUUGCAUUUUUUUGAGUUUUUAAAUUAUUUUUUUUUACCAUUUAGAAUUUUUUUUUUAUUUUUCACUAAUUUAUUAUUAUUUUAUAUUUUUAUAUUAUUUUAUUUAUUAUUUUUCUUUUCUGACAAACGUGUAUUUUUUAAUAAAAAAAAAUUAUUUCCCCUUUGGAAAAAAAAUGGCAAAAUUUAGAAAAAUAUUUAAUUUUCAAAAAAUCCGUUUUUUCUGGGUGCCAUAAAGCGUUUUUUUUUUUGUUUUACUAUAUACAACAUUGUAUUUCUUUCCUUUCUAUCAAUCAAAGUACACCAAAGUGCAAUAUUUAGAAUUUUUUUUUACAUUCAAAUUUUUUAUAACCGAAAUUGAGACUUUAUUUUGUUCUACUUAUUUGCUUAAUUAUAUAUGCGAAAAGAAUAUUUAAAAAAAAAACAGAAAAUAUAUUUCUAUAUUUGCAAAAAUACGAGUGAAAAACAAAAAAAAAAAAAAGAA